AUGGCAGAACUGCAAAAUCAGCCGACUUUCAGUGAGAGCCUUCAACACACUAGUCUUCAACUCGAAGCCAUUCCUCUUUCCACCACUCCCGGUACAAUCUUGUGUGACGUAUCGCGCGGUGCCUCCCGACCCGUAGUGCCAAGCGAGAUGAGUCGAGAUGUUUUUGCCGCGUUGCAUAAUCUAGCUCACCCUGGCAUCCGCACUACCCAGCGCCUCGUCAGCGAGCGGUUCGUUUGGCCAAGCAUGAACACUGAUAUACGCCAGUGGACCCGUUCAUGUUUGGCCUGUCAGAAGGCCAAAGUCGGACGGCACAACAAAGCCCCCAUUGGCACUUUUCUCGCACCCGACGCACGUUUUUCACAUGUCCAUAUCGAUCUGGUAGGUCCCUUUCCAACAUCUCGUGGUUGCAACUACUUACUUACUGCGAUUGGCCGAUUUACUCGUUGGCCCAUUGCAACUCCCAUACCUAACAUAACUGCAGAUUCCGUUGCUCAUGCUUUUUUGGAACACUGGAUCUCUCAUUAUGGCGUCCCCUCAACAAUUACCACCGAUCGAGGUCAACAAUUCGAGUCUAGACUUUUUAACAGCCUUACCAACCUCCUCGGAUGUUCUCGCAUACGCACGACAGCAUACCUCCCCUCAUCCAACGGUUUAGUCGAGCGUUUCCACCGGCAACUCAAAGCCUCGCUCCGAGCUCAUGACAGCCCUUCCCAUAGGAGCGAGCAUCUGCCUUUGGUCAUGCUCGGUAUCCGCACCGCACUCAAGCCCGACUUGGAGUGUUCCGCUGCCGAACUUGUCUACGGUACUACCCUACGGAUUCCCGGAGAUUUUUUCGGGCACUCUCAAAGCUCAGGCGACUUGGAUCCCAGCAAUUAUGUGCAAAGAUUGCGCCAAGCCAUGACUCAUCUUCGAGCCACUCCUCCACGUCCUUCAACAAGUAAGUCGUACGUCGACCCGAACUUACAAACAUGUUCUUUUGUAUUUGUCUGUGUAGAUAGCGUUUGCCGGCCACUACAACAGCCCUAUGACGGCCCAUUUCGAGUACUAUUGCGCAAGGACAAGCACUUUACAAUUGACCGUGGAGGCCGCACCGACGUGGUCUCAAUCUAUCGCUUGAAGGCGGCUUAUACCGGGCCUCUUCCAACUUCUCCAACCGAACAACCUCCACUUGGCACAUUGCCACUUGCUAUUUCCCAGACUCCAUUUACGCCCAAUAACCCCGCGUCUUCCUUUAUCCCACAGACUCCUCCCCUUACGCGCAGCGGUCGUCAUGUCCGUUUUCCCGACCGUUACCAACUUGUACUAUAUGCAUAACACUCCCACGUUUUCCUUCUAUUAACAAUAAUUUUUUUGAACUCUGUUCUCCUAGGAGGGGGAGUAUUGUAGUGACAUUUAAGUCUGUUUUGUUUUAAUCAGUUACAAUACGCUUUGACACAACUUUGAAUAAGACAAAGAACACGCACGUGCACUUUUACCUGCUGACGACUUUGUUCUUAUUUACUAGUUUGUAACUGUUGGGAUACUGCUAUUUUCGUUUCCCGGAUAGCCUACUCGCUGUGCACAACUAGUGGGUUUGUCUCUUACAGGGGCAUGGAACGGACUCCCUGAUGCGAUGUUUCUUUCCGAAUCCGUCGAAUCCUUUAAGUGUAGACUAAAUGCUCAUUUGCUGAGAAACCACUGUACAUAUAAUAAUGAAUGUUUUAGCGGCGCAGUUUGCGCCUGGCUCACACUUACCGCUAACUUUUUAACUUUCGGCAUUUGCUGAUGUAAUUGAUGACUUUAUUUCUGUUUAUCUAUAUGAAUAGGGAGCUCAAGGGCGAAAGCCUCAUUCCUUCAAUUAACUGACUUCAAACUGACUUAAGAUUCAAGGAGCCACAUGUGAGAGUCGAAUGCCAGUUAACGAACGUUAGGCGCAGUCGCCAGCUACAUUAGACAAAUUAUGCGACCUAUGCAACUCGCACGCGGAGCCAUCAGCAUGAUACUACAACGCCCGCUGAUAAAUGGACUACUAGUCUUAAACAGGAUGUUCUCAAUAUCGAUUGCAUCCGGCGUUCACGCAAGCUUAACUUCACUUUGUUUGCACUAUUGAUGUACGCUGAAUAUUGUUUAAUUUCUGGGCACUUUUUCCAUUGACUCCUGUGUUCUCUCCCAUUUCUUUUACCGUGUGCUUUAUGUCCUGCUGAUCGUGACUCCGAUCAACAACCGGAUUUUCAGUCAAUCUCUUAAGAUAUUCUUUUUUGCCUUACUCGAAUCCUGACAAAAUGCGCCUGAACUUUAUUUCACCCGCAUCGAAUGCGUGUUUUAUUCCGCGAUAUUCGGCAAAGAUCUAUCGAAAUAUAACAAACUUAUGGAGGUUCUCCUCGCUGGCGUUACCUCCCAAAUUCUAAUCCUCCACACAUGUCCCCUACUCCAAGCCCAGGGCAAAAAUUCCUCGCUAUAAUGCCGUGUCAGACCGACGACCUUAUGACCAUUUGAUCAAGGAGGAGGCAUUGGAUGACCGAAAGCCAUCAAAACUUCUCCGUCGCAUAUGUUCUUUCCUUAAAGACUUAUUAAUUGACGGGAAACUCGCCAAGGAAAUUUUUCUAGGGCGUCUGCUUACAGGAGAUUAAACCAUCGUUUCAUCGGGUUCAGCGGUUUUCUAUGUCUCACAGAACGGAUGAUGGAUUUGCAGCGGCUUCAGUCAUCCUCUGUUGCUUAGCUCUCCCUUCAUUGCCGCCCGCAGAAAAUGGUCAGAAAGCGAGACAGAUAACGGCCAUGCUGUAAGAGAUGGCCUUUAUGAAACUCCAGCUCAAGCGUCUCACCUACCGUCGAUCGCCCAGCCGUUAUCGGUCUCGAUCUCGAACCGCCGGAGUUUGCAGGUGUCAUACGGAAUUUGAUGCUAAGAACAGUCGACGCGCUUCAAUCUGCUCCUUCCGGUCUGCCCGAGGAAAGCCUUAGGCCGGGGAACAGACGCGGUCAAUCUCUUGGACAACCUACUGAGGCUGCCGCUGAAACUGUACGUACAAAAUUACGCUCUGCGUCUCUCGAAAUUUAUCUUCGCGCGGAAAUUUAUCAGAAGUCCAUCUCUGAGCGAAAUUUGUUUUUCAUCAAAAUCUAACGGGCUAAGGAGUCCAUUCGCGCUCAGAUAUCGGCCUAGGAAAACAAAUCUUUGGCACCCAAUAAGAUCAGGAGUUAUUAAGUGCCUUCGAUAUAUUCAGAACGGCUGAGUCGAUCCUGCAUAUAUUUCAUACCGUUCACAUUUUUCUCUGAAGCGACUUUUUCAAAAACAGACGUAUUUCCAACCUUUUUUUGAAUAUUUGCCAUACUCCAUCGUAUACAGUCGUAAGUAACAGUCGAAUAGCAUUACCGACAAAGACAAGGGAGACUUUGUCGGUAAUGCUAUUCGGCCUAUAUAUCAUGCGCCGCUGUGCGGCUGCUGGUUGGGCUCGAGAGAGAGCCCUUAAGGCACAACGGAACGAGUGAGUUCCGUAUGCACGAUCGGUGAGCGCCCCCUAACAUUGUAAGUAACAGUUAUAAUCUCGAAAACGAAUAUAAACUUACCAGCACAUGAAGUUCUGAGGCACAGAUCACCUUUUUGGUAGUUCCACGAACAGGACCGACACUAUGUUCUAUUCUAUUCUAUCCUAUUCUAUGUAUGAAGAAAUGUCAACUUAGUUGGCCUUGACACCCGGGAUUAGCGCUCGCUCUCUUUAUAGUUGCUACCAGGGGCCCACAGAGCGCGUUAACAGCGUAAUUUCAGCAAAAUCUAUCAGUUACGAGGACAAGUCGUGCACUAGAUGCUCUCAUAUUCUACUGAGAAUCCAACAACUCUGAAACGAGCUGGCUGCUUUAAGGACACUCGUGCAGGCAAACGAUGAUGGGCAAAACACGGUUAACAGCGCUACAGUUAGCAUGACAAAGGCAAAGGACAAAACUUUAAGACAGCCAAGGAACAAAGUUUGUAGAAAACCUCAGUGCAAGGACACGGAUACCCAUGACGACUGGAAAAUAGCAACGGAGUCACUUGUUUCUAUGAAAGACAAACGAAGCGAACCAUCAACUUCUCUUAGCCAUUCCGUGUGUUCGGUAGAACUCUCAGUUGGAAGUGGGAAAAUAAGCUCGUAUCAAGGUGGAAUGGGUAAGCCCCACAACAGGAGUAUAAAAUCCCAGACAACUCCGGUGGAUCUCCUGAGAACUUCAGCUGACAAGGUCGCCGGAAACAGAACAAAAUCACCUCUUGAUCGCUAGUAUUGCGUUGUGGUGCAGGGCUUGUCAGAGUCGAAUGCUCGUACCCUGAAGGAGAGAAUUUCCGCUGACCUUGAUAUAUUUCAACACCUACUGAAAAAAAUGCACAAUAAGAAUGGAAACGUAACCAUUUGGGCAGCCUUUAGGAUCGGAAACAAGGUGAACGAACGAUCGGGGACUGUUUGGCCACGAGCACUUAAAAUUGUUUGGGCAGUAAAGAGGAGGAUAGCUUACUUCUGUCUAUGAAAAGCAGCCUCCGAACCUCUCACAAGAAAGUUUUACCGCCGGACUAUUCUCCAGCAAAACGUCUCCAACGCCGCGAAUUAGCGACUUGCAGCUGGAGAGACCAACUUGGCUAUUUUCAGGGGACGAGUGAUACAGAGGAAUUCGAUGUUGCUUUGGAACCAGCCAGUCAUCAUAAUGCGGGCAGCAACAUAAUAUUGUCAAAUCUGAGACAAAUCCAACGAAGCUCUGUCGACUAUUGCAAGCUUAAAUUAUUUUAUACCAAUACUCAGAGUCUGUUUUCCAAGUUUUACAACUGAGAAUACAGGUAGCCGAUACGGCUCCCGAUGUUAUAGCAAUAACAGAAACGUGGCUGUCACAGAACGUCAGUGAUUGCGAAGUUGCAUUUACAGGAUACCAAUUGUUUAGGAAAGACAAGAUAGGCCGCCGGGGUGGAGUUGUUAGGUGUGUAAAGAGCAACUUAACAGUGUCUGAGAGGAUCGAGAAGAUUUCCGACGACACAGAGGCAAUUUGGCUGACUAUAAGGGCACGGAGAUCGCAGUCCCUCGAAGCCGUACCUAGUUACGGGCCCCGCUGGCUGGUCGCGACCCAGAUAACGGUUUACUGGAAAGUAAAAAAGAGAUGGGCAGCCGACCGGACGUUGUUCUUAUGGGGAAUUUUAAUGCACCCAACAUUCAGUGGAGCGAUAUGCAUGAGAAUUGCUCGAAGUAUACCUUCGAUUACCGUCCACUAAAAACAGCCCUAGGAGCAUUUCUCAGGCAAUGUGUCCUGUUUCCUACUAGAGUGCGUGGAGGGAAACAGGCUAAUUGAUUGGUCCUCAUCUUUACCAAAGAUCCUGACAGUAAAAAUAGGUGUACUGUAUACCUCCGCUUGAUCGAAAUGAUCACGCAGUACUUUUAUGGGAUUACGAACUAUAUUCUAAACCGUAUGCAAAAGACCAUACGAGGCCAAAUAUAUGGAAAGGGGACUUUUACCAAAUGAAAGCCAAGGCAUCACAAACAGACUGGGAUGUUUUCUUCUUCGGAGACGUUAAUGAGGAUUGGAAUUUAUUCAAGUAUCGGUUGCUGCAUCUAAUGAACAGCCACUGUCACUUAUCAAAGUCUAGGACAUCCAAUCGACUUCAUUGACUAACGCGAGACCUCAAAAAUGAUCAACAAGAAAGGAAGGCUGUGCAAGACGUUUUUGCGGAAACAACGACAGUGCAGCGUUUACAGUGUAUAAAGUACAAUGAAAUAAGCUGAAAAGCCAGAUUUUCAAAAGGCGAUGAGAUUUCGCGAGUCCACAGAGCCGUUUAAAAUCCGAAAUUGCCAUAUAGUUAUUUGCGAAAGGGCAGCCGUAACAGGAAUGCCAUUUCUAUCCUGAGGAAUUAUGGCCGUUUGAAGAUAUCGGACAUUAAAAAUAAAGCUAAGCAUUUUCUCAGUUUUUCCAAUCCGUUUUCACAACAAAAGCAGACUUUUUUCCAUCUAGUUCUGAGAACAUGGGAGAUCCCACUAUUGAAUAUAUUGUGUUUCGAGAAGAAGCAAUUUUGGAAGAACUAAAAAGCUUGAAGGGACGUAAAUCUCCCGGUCCGGACGAGAUCACAGCAAAGCUGCUCUUUGAGCUUUCCCGACAGCUGGCCUAACCACUAUUCUUUCUGUGGCAGAAAUCCUUUGAUGCUGGAAUCCUUCCCACAGUCCUGAAGACGGCCCACAGUACACUCAUUUACAAAAGUCGAGGUCGUGGCCUUGCGACAAACUACAGACCCGUCAGUCUGACAUCAGUUUGCCGCAAAGUUAUGGACAAAAUCAUCAAAAAGGAUUCGAUGGCUUAUUUGGAAACCCACAAUGCACAAUAUGGUUUCCGUAGGGGAAGAUCAUGGGUAACGAACUUGCUAUAUACAAUGCGAAUACAUUGUGCAUGCCGCCUAUAUUUAUUUCCGGAAGGCGUUCGACAGUGUUCCGCACCAGCGUCUCCUGUACAAGUUGAGAAUAAUGGGCGUCGGCGGCAAACUGCUCAAAUGGAUCGAGAAUUUCCUCGUCGGUCGUUCCCAAAUUGUCUGCGUAGAACAACAGCAAUCAUGGCGCACAUUCAUAGAGAGUGGAGUCCCAUAAGACUCGGUGCCCGGACCAACCCUCCUUCUCCUAUUCAUCAAUGAUUGCGUAAAUGGGUUGAACUGUGAUAGUGCCAUGUUUUCGGAUGACAGAAAAAUCUUGAAAGUCAUCCAGAAUGCUGCCGAUGUGAUCAACUUGCAAGAAAAUCUUUGUCGAUUGGACGAGUGGUCUCGCAGAUGGCUCUUGUCCUUCAGUUUGAACAAACGUACUAUACUGAGCCUCGGAAAUCAGAGCCCUAGUACGCGGCAAUACCAUCUUAGCGGAAUACUACUUCGAGAAGCAGAAACGCAGAAGGAUAUCGCAGUCUGGGAUGCAGACAGCCUAAAGCCUUCUACACAAUGUUGAAAGGCGGCCAAGGCCGCAACCUCAAUGCUAUAUGCCAUCAAGUGAGCAUUCGUAGUUUUCGAUGAAGACUGCUUUACCAAAGUCUUCGGCACGUUUAUAAGGCCCCAUCUCGAAUAUGCAAUUCAGGCCUGGAGAUCGUGAAUGCAUCAGGAUUACAAUCUUAUCGAAAGGGUGCAGGGGCGAGCAACAAAAUUCAUAAGAGGUCAAGGUGCACUGCCAUAUGAGAUCCGCUUAACUAACCUUAAUCUCCGUCCUCUGAGUUAUGGGUCGUUGCGCGGAGGCUUGAUGCAAACUUUCCGUAUCGUGCGUGGCUUGGAUUGCGCCCUUCGGUGCGACGACUUAUUGCAACUCGCCGCUACAACUAACCUCCGGGGACAUCCUUUCAAGCUACGUGUGACCCAGCGUAGAUUGAAUGUGAGAAAAUAUUUCUUCCCUAAACGUGUCCUGGAACCGUGGAAUAAUCUGCCCGAGACGGUUGUCAUGUCUCAAUCUGUGGAUACAGUUAAAUGUCGGGUUGAAAGAUAUAUGCUGCAGCAACGAGCGCACUAUGUGACUUUUUAGCCAUGAGGCCAGUGACCUAUGUGAAUCAAUGUCUGCAUUCACUUAAUGCUGUAAUUUAUUCACAUUUUGCCUAUGUUCUCGAUUUUUUAUGUACAAUUAGGGAGUUGAAAGUCGUAAGCCUAUUCCCCUCAAAUACAUUGACGGACUGACUGAGGGACAAGGAAGUGGUGACAUACACAGAUGAUCCACCUGGAGGGGGAGAUGGUCACGCCAUAACAGUUAGACGCCAGUGGGGAAUGCAGCGCUGUUCGCAACUACUGGUAAUGGCUGGGGAUGUGCUGACGGUAAUGGAAACGCGGUACGGUCGGACGGCGGAAGCGAAGUAGGCGAAGUCACACCAAACUCAUCCGGGAUCCGCGCCAAAAGUGGCCUCGCUUCUUCGAAUCAACCCUGCGAAAUGUUUGGUGCGUUACACACCGACGUUGCCUCAAUUCUGGUCUGUUUAACUCAGGCCGUCGAUUCCUCAUUGGGUGCUACAGCUGAGGAGGCGAAGAUUUGGUACGUUUUUUCUUCUUCUGAGUUCUGUCUUCGACGGCUUCCUAUUUUUAAGUAAUUGCGAGUAAGUUCCCUCAACUCUUCCAUCUCUAUUUCAGAACCUAUAUAUCAUCCUACGUUUCUACAAAUUUCUCACUGACUCUGAGGAAUGUCAAACAAGACUUGUCUUCGUAAGCAACAUCCGCGAAAAUUAUCAGUCCCUUUGCCCGUUUGGCUGGGGACGAUGCUAUGCCAUGAGAUCCAGAAAUGCUGUCCUUCGAUUUCAGUUAGUGCUUAUUCCUUCACACAGAUCAGCAACACCGCCGUGCGUCUGUAGGUCAUUGGCGGCAUUGCAGCCCGUAACACACGUGUGCGGACAUUUAAUUCCCACUUGGGUUGCAUAUUUCGGCCAGUGUCAGGAGGGCAAUACUCGACUCCCUUGAUUAUUUGUAAAAGCGUGAAAUUUGAUAAUUUUAUUUAAUGCCAGUUUACAGGCAUUGUCAAGGAAAGCGUUAAACACAAAUCCGACCAGCAGUAAAAAAAACACCUGAGGUAAAGGAAUAAAAAUAUAAUUGAUGACUUUUAUGGUUAAGAGGGUCCAGGCGAAAAAACAGCUGGCGGCAGACUUUCGAUCGACAAGAAGGAAUGGGGGGUUGUACUGUGUCGGAGAUUAUCGGACGUCAGUUCCUUUCCUGAAGUUGGGGAUAGUUAAAGUAGAGGCGUUGAGGAAAAGCUGUCGCUGGUGGCCAACGAAAUUUUCCAUACUAAGACAGGUCAUAGUAUUCAGUGACCACAAACGCCAUCGCUACGGUACAGUCGAUCAGUAAAUUCAGCACCCAAAAUUUGUGGGAGCUUUUCCGAAUGCAAGAAUCAAAUAAUAGUUCUCUUAAAUAAAGGAUAAUUUUGCAGAUUUUUCAUACUCAUGGGUAGUUUAUUCCAAAUAGCAAUUGCAUUUGCAGAAAAGAACCGACGAUAUUUAACAGUACGUGCCAGAGGCAGAAAUAAAAAGACCUCACGGUGGCUGUUACGUCGUGCGUGGACAUGGUGUCUUAAAGAGGUGAGUGGGUUAAAUGUGUGAUUAUAUAAGAGAUUAAAUAGCAGAAAUAGUCCCUUUUGAAAUCUACGGAACCAUAAAGGAUCAAGGCCCGUAUGCCGACAACAGUCACAUCCCACAGAGUGAAGGUUAUGGUUUCUAGAACUGCCCCGGUCAAUGACUGGAUGGUCGGAAGCGGAGUGGUCGAGUCUUCAAUGAACGUUUUGGACAGGAAAUCAUUGAAGCUAUCAGCGGUUAACUGGGCAUCAACUAUGGGCUUUCCGAGAGCGUCUUGGAGGAUGGCAUGCUGCGUCUUUCUGUGAGUUCGUAUUUUUCUAGAGAAAAGUUUCGCGAAAUUUAGCGAAUGGUUUUCGGUAAACUGGACUUCUUCGGCUGGCUGUUUUUCUUCAGACAAUCUCUUAGCUCGAUCAGAAACAUCACAAAUCAAGGGCAGGACAGAAACAUUGUUCUGAAUAUGGAAUCGACGAUAAAGUCUGCGCAAUCUGCGACGAAAGGGUAAGGGUAGGAAAACCUCAUCCCCAACAUUAAUAAUUUUCUUACGGGGGACAAAAUGAGAAAUAAGCGGAUCCAAAUGUUCGUACAGAUUUGCAGUGCAAACAUUUACAUCCGAACUAAGGAAGAAAUCAAUCAAGUCGUAGGAAUUAAGGUGUGUUAAUAAUUCGGUUGAGCGAGUUGAUUGGAAAUCGCGGAAGAAGCUAUACUUUGGGGACGACGUUUUGUCAGCCUCGAAUUCCAACGUUGAAACAACUAUGUCAUGGUCUGAGCCAGAUCAACCGUGUGAAUCAAAAAGCGGUACGACUUAGACUUGGAAAAUUUUGCAAGGCCGCUGGCGAGAAGCGGUCACAAGGGCGUCGGUCGCUCAGGCAACAGUCCUUUUGAAAUACUCAUGAGGAGAAAGAUAGUGCCGACUCGAAUCCGAAUCUCAAUAACUUCAGGCUGCAUUAGUGCUAAGGAAACUGAAAACUCGGGAUGACCAAAUUCAUCGGAGAUCAAAAAAUUUAGAUUACAUUCCAAGCGCGAGCUUUUAAUAGUAGCGCGUUGAAUCAGCGCGAUACCAGCUGGCGAACCUAUCCCAUAUCAUCAGCUACUGUUCAAAGUGCUAAUACAGACGUUGCAGUUGUGUGCGAACACCUUUAGGGCCGGAAAACACCAUACAUACAGAUCAAUCGGGUUCUUUGGAAGAAACCUCGAUGCUAUGCAACCAAUGGCCGCACGUGUUUACAGAAAAUGACACCACAUUGCAUAACGACCUUUCGUCAGGUUUACCAUGCGUCAUUAUCCUGAGUAACCCCUUCUUUCACUGCUCACGGAUCUGCUCCACGAACCAGGCUAUUUUGGACUAUGGUAAACAUAUUGCCUUCCCCGCAAAGCUCCUGAGAAUCACGUCUCCAGAAAUAAGUUUUCACGUUUUGGAAAUCCCGUUUGACAUACACCGACUUUAAGAGUACAGCACAACGCGUGCGGACCCUCAUACAGUCAAGGCCAGCAGGUUACUCUUUUCGAAGGACAGGCUUAGGUCCAUUGCCAUUCACAAAAGUAGGCUGGCGAUUCAUUCCGGCAAUGGUAUAAUUUUUUGCGAAGUAGGCACGAAUGGCAUCAGCCCUACGACAGGAUACGGCAACGAUUGGGCAUUCUAUUUUGGUGCAGUGUCAUGUGUCUAUUUAGUCUGUGGUGUCAACACACGGAGUAAACAAGUCCAUGAGGUGUGUUACCUUCUGACGAUUUAUACGACCGCUCAACCCCCGUCCAUCCCAGAAAAAAGUUAAAGUGGACUGCGUGAAUUGGACAUUAACUAGCAUUUUUUUGGCAUUCGCAGAGGAACACCACCCCUGUGAUUGGUAUAAAACAUCCCCUGUGUUUUUGUGAUCUAUCUGGUAACUCUUCACUUCCCCCCAGGGGUUAUUUUUCUUUUAUGAGGCAAACGAGACGCGUCUUAAGUUUUCUCGUCGACUUUCAAUUUCCAUACAGCUAACAUGGGUUAACACGGCGGAAGACUACGUCGCACAUUUGCAGGAACUCAUUGCACUACACAGAACCUAUCCAGUUCGUAUCUAAAAUCAGUGUCUGAAUAAUAAAAAAAAUAUUUUGACCAGAAAACACAUGGAACCUCUUAUGCACACUAUGACCAAAUGUUGAAAUAUCGGACGUCCCUACAUCUGGCAUAUCGUUGAACUUUCUUUAUCACUGGGAUGGUCGCUUUGUCGCGAUAAAUGUCAGAAGCAGGCGGGGCAGUUAACCCAAAAUGGAUGGCUUUACGGCCUACAUCGACAAAUUUGCGGCGUCCGGAAGACGAUUAUCCGUUGCCACAGCAAAGAGACACCCGUCGUACGACCACAUCAAGCUUACUCACCAAGAACCGAGGUUAUAGCAAGAAACCUACCCACUACUGGCUAUUCGGACAGAGGCAUCCAUGAAAGGGUAUUGCUACAUUGAUUCACGGUCAGAGAUUUUCUAGUGCAGUGCUACACGGACGACAGUUUUGGGUAUGUUGAGGUAAAUUUUUUUGGAGGAUAUUUCGUAGUGUUUCCACGCAACGCCGCAAGGAGAGUUCUCUAAUCUAUUUGGUAAAAUUAUUGCAUUAAACUACCGUAUCUCGUUUGUUAUCAACAGUUGAAUAAACAUUCCACAUUCUGUUUACAUAUUUCGCUCAAUGUUCUUGAUUUAGCUAUGUGCUGGCAAUGUAAAAGUAAGUCGUGGAAUACACGUAAUCAAAGCCGUUCGAAGGACUCUGAGGUGGGGAUAUUAAUAAAAGGAACUCCUAGACUUCACAUCUACCGCAACAAGGACACUGGGUUAAACAAUUAUGAAGAAUGAGAACACAUUUAAUUUAUAAAAGAUAGGCAAGGGUAGUACUAGGCUUUCUUAUGGUGAAUCGAUCAAUAUCAAUGCUUUCGCGCAUGCCAGCUGUCAGCGACAAUAACGGGGAGCUGUUCUAGGACGAUCAGACCCAAAGAUGUCAAUGUCUACAGUAAUCGAACUAAAUUUGUUUAAAUGUUUCAGUAGACAAACUAGUUGUUAUGUUUUAACCACCACCGGCACUUCUGAGUUGGAAAUAAAGAUAAAGGUAGGGUAAGCAGUUGUGCACUUGGGUAGUUUCAAAGGCUUAUAUUUCAAACAUGACUCAAAACUGACAUAAAGCGUGACGCCCGUCAACGACACCGAGAUAAACAAAAAAUAUUAUUCUGAAAUUGCAGAAUAUAACCAGUCAAGUAAGUUAUAACCUAUAUAAGUUAUAAUUAUAACUAUAACUAUGGCUAUUAUCCGUAUAUCGACUCAAUAUCUAUUGCUAUUAGGGAAUUAAUUAUUAAGUUAAAUUAAUCAAGUUAUAACAUACGUUAUAACCUAAUUAACUUAACUUAUUAAAUAAUUAUAAUAUAUAAGUAACUACUUAUGAGUAGUUACUUAUAUAUUAUCAUUAGUUAAUAAGUUAAGUUAAUUAGGUACCCCCCACCCCCCAAGAAGGUUUAAUGAAGGCGUUUUGACGAAGUAGAAAUAAUGAUUUAUUAUGAAAAAUAAAAUAUAUAAGUAAUCGCUUAUAUAUAAUUGCAAUCAUAUAUAAUUAUAAAUGAUUGCAUGCAAUCAUAUAUAAUUAUAUAUGAUUGCAAUUAUAUAUAAGCGAUUACUUAUAUAUUUUAUUUUUUAUAAUAAAUCAUUAUUUCUACUUCGUCAAAACGCCUUCAUUAAACCUUCUUGGGGGGAGAGGGGUACCGUAGUUCAUUUAGUAAUAAAUCGGAUGGGAAGUGCGAAAAAGAGCUUUCGUAGGUGCUAAAACGGAAAGGUCACUAAGGAAAGGCGUCCCGCAGCUGCAAAGCGCCGUAUCGCGACUUUUCGCCAUUGCUUCCAUAGCGACUACAUGGACAAAAUCCGCUAUAAAUCGGUCAUUGUAUCGCGACUUUUCCACAACGAGGCGCCGUCACCUCGCUAUGGAAUUGCUGCUAGGGUGGUUCCGCUAUAAGUAAGUAUAACUAACUAUGCAUUUGUUCGCAGUUAUGCGAAAGCAUGUAGUUUUUUUAAUUAUGAACAUAUACAUAGGUAUCCGCAUAAAGCUAGGUAUCUAGCAUAAAUCUUUAUGCUAUUAUUGAUACGUGCACUUCCCAAAAUCAGAAAUGCCUUAUUAAAAAAAUGUAACGCUCACUGAAUGUUGCUUUUAUUGCAACUUGAUAUUGUUGUUUUCGCUUUGCUGUCCGAUUAAGCUCUAAAUAGUCGUUAUAAUGUUAUCAACGGCCUAAAAUGCUAUGUAAAAUCGCUAAUGCGGAUUAAAUGUACGUAUAAACUGUCAAAGACAGAUCCCUCAGAUGAGGAUUUUCAGGACACAGCUUACUCGUCAUCAAAUUGUUUGAACUAUUUCUGCGUGGUUCACAUCGACAUAACACACCUCACUAUGCCCCUUAGUGUGUGCUUCAGUCGCACACUUAUUUGUAAACAGAGCGUUGCUGAGAAUAAUGGGGAAGUCCAACAUCUUAGAAACAGCGGAAACGUUUACAUCUGCAUUUAGUACAAUGCAAAGUGCAUAUGUCCAGUGGAGUAAAAUAAUAUAAGAAUUGAUUCGAUGGCACUUCUAUCUAAUACGUUAUGCAAAUUUAGUACAUGCGGUUCAAGUACUUAAACCACAUUGCGGUACUGAUUAUGCCAAAGUAAUUGUUUGUGAAAACUUAGGCACAAAUGAUCAAGUCUUGGCAACUUGAUCGGAAUUACUAGCGUUAAAUAACCGCUCUAUCUUUGCUUCGUGUAUGUCAGUUUGAAAGUACAUUUUAUAACUCCCACAAACAAGUAAUAAACUUCAGAGUCCAUAAGCAUCUGUUUUAUUUGAUACAUUAAUUGUCUAGGAAACUUGGCCAGUGAAAUUCAAGAACCAUAACCGCACAGAAUUUCUUAAUUCGGUCUGCAAUCCUCGAAACUAGAGUGCAAAAAUAUGCCGAAUAGGUUUUCCAUCCCUUAUUAGCAUGCACAUCUCGUACGGUUUUGUGGGAAAAGCUCCCAGAAUAGCACACGCUCUGCGGCUCAUUGAAAAAUAAGAUAUAGUUUGAAACAAGUUUACUGUUUCGUAUGUUGUACAUUUAGUUCGAGCUGCAUCAUUUUUACCUCCCGUCGUCGGCACAGGAAUGACGCAUCGUGGUUGGGACUUUCCGUGAACUCUGGAUCCCAGGGAGUGUCAGUUCUACGUGGAAAGAGCGGGGUAAACCUAAGUAUAAUUCUAUUUCUCAUCAUCUAUAAUCACAUGUUUACGAAGUGCAUGCUUGACAUUGAAAUUAACAACCAACGUUAACGAUCACAGAGUUUAUUAUUUAAAAAAAACAGCAGACUUGUUAUAAUCUAAAUGCUCGAACAUGGCUAGCUGGCACGGGAGUUGUUGUAUUACCUAACAUAGUUAAUAGUUCUCAAGAUAUAUGUAGGUUGGACGAAGGCAAGUAGAAGAUGCCACUACAUGCUCUUGAGGCCAUCUACCUAUCACCAAUGCUUCCAAAAAUAUGACGUCCAUUUUUGCCAUGAAGCUUCGGUCAACCUGCCCGUCAUUAGCAACCUCGAACAAGCUUCGAGUAAAUAAAUGCUUCCUAUACUGUUUUAUUAGCGAUCGUCUUCAAAUAGCGUAUCAAUACAGACUUUUCCUAUUUAUCCCUACUGCUUUAUAGAACUAUCAAAUCUUGUAGAUCAGCCCAAAAUGACUUGUUCAAGGUCCAAAACCCGUCGAUUUUUCAUUUGGUUGGCAUUUGCGUAACCUAGACAGCAGCGACAAAUAAACCGUAGUGUUGUGGGAACAUGCAUGGAACUGAAAACCAUAUGAUAGAACCCAAAUGGAUCUAGGAGAACUGCUGUCGACAAUAAACCUUCCUUGGACAAUUGUACGGAUUUCACGGAUGAAUCGCCAAAAAAUAAAGGUCAAUUUGUGAAUCACGUAUUUAAUAUACGGCUUGAAUGUCGACCAAAUAUCAAAUCUCAGAGUUUUAGUCACAUCUCAUCGGUUCAGGGUGUGACCAAUAUGGCCAGUGUGGUUUUAAAAUGAGCAUUGAUACUGUUCGCGUAUGUGGUGAUUAGUUUUCAAGACAUUUCUUAGCGAGACGUCGUUUCUGUUAAAGGAUGCUAGAAACUUCGCUAGUUUAUUCUUUUAUUCUGCAAAGGCGAAUUGUCAAAAAGACUCAAGUAUACUUCUAAAAUUGGUAUACCAAUAUGACUUUUAUCACUAAUGUUAUUUAUCAGUUUGGAAAUGUAAUCUCACGGAUAUUGAAACUGACAUGUCCGGGAACUGAACACGUGCACUGCUACAGAGGUCGUACGUAUACAUCAAGACUUUCGCCAGAAAUGUCGGCAUUGAUAUAUGAUGUCAACCGCUUUCCUCCCAUUACAUAGGCGCGCUGCAUUCGUCUGCUUUUAUCUUGCAUUUAUAGACCGCCUAAUGCAUAUUUUUAUCAUAACAAAAUCAAAAUCCCUGUCUGUCACCCCAGGUUCAUGGCGUCACUAGUAUCGGAAGGCCAUGCCAACUAAAGUCCACCAUCCGAAACGCACUGCCAAUUCGUCUGCAGGUCACAAUGGAGUACUGUCUCGGUUUAAGAAAAGGUCAGGAACCCAACGAAACCAAUCCGCACAACUUCACAAAAAGACCCGAGAUCAAGCAAAAUGUGCUGCAUCCAUUCGUUUGUAUUCCGUCGAAUUCUGCUGUCACUGCAUAAGUCGUUUCGUUAAAGGCAUUUACCAUGACAAGUGGUACCUGCAAAAGACGGUGACGACAAAGGUUUGACAAGACGGUCCUUAUGGCAUAUUUAAGGAAUGUCUCGUUUUUCCUAUGGGCAUAUGAUAUGCGACACCUCAUGCGGUUACCACGAAGUCUGUUAUCGCACAUGCGAUCAUUGGAUUACCCAAAACAAUCUAGAAAUACUUAAGAAACUCAGUAAACUUUCUCUGCUUCUGCUUAUCUUAAACUAAUUUCUUAGUUGAAAGGUCGUGCUAACGGUUCGCAAACCUUUUUAGGUGAAAAGAUGGGGAGGCCACGAACGGUGAUUUGCUAUAUUUGCCAACGGGAAUUCGGGACAGCUUCCAUAGGAAUUCAUGAGAAACAGUGUCUAAAGAAGUGGCAUGAUGAAAACAACAAACUUCCACCCAGCCAACGUCGGCCGGAACCCGUGAAACCACAAGGGUUUGGAAACUUUUCAGAUCAGGGAGGUGGUGGUAUAGGCGAACAGGCCAUCAAAACCACCGGGACUGACCCCAACCUUGAUGCCUACAAUGAGGCCGCCUCUAAAGUGGCUCAAAGCAACCUAGUUGCCUGCAAGAGAUGCGGCCGAAGGUUUGCUGCUGAUAGGGUUAAUUUGCAUGAGAGAUACUGUCGACCGCCAAAGGAACGAAAGCCAGUUUAUGAGGCCAGGAAGCCAGAUUUCGACCUAAAUAUCCUCCGACAACCCUUGAAAACGGGCCAGGGAGGUCCACCUCGGGUCGGUUCUCCGGCCCCGAGAACACCCACACCCGGCCCAAGCACCGCAGCUUCUUCCUCAAAUGGGUUCCCUCGCUGUCGUCACUGCAACAGGACCUACGCGCCGGAUCGGAUAGAAAGACACGAAGCAAACUGCCACGCACCACCGCUUAAGACGAAAGCAACAAGUGGUGCAGACAGGACAGCAGGCGGCGCAGGUCGAAGAGCGCGAGAAGCCAGUCCGAUGGCAGAAGAUGCCGAUGGUUUUACAAAAUGCCAGAAUUGCAGCGAAAACCUGCCAGGCGACGCCAAGUUCUGUCCAAACUGUGGUACCCCCUGUCAAAAAAAAUGUGACAACUGUGCGCAGACCCUGACUCCCGGGGCCAAGUUUUGCAGCAAAUGUGGCAAGCCGGUUCAGGCCAACAGAAACAACCAUAUCAGAAAGGAUUCAUCCAAAAUUCAGAGCAGUGACAGCGGACAAUCCGCCGCCCAGGUUUCCAAUGAACCGCUAAAGAGGAAGAUCAGUCGGCCUUUUGUUGUAUGCUACAUCUGUGGACGAGAGUACGGAACUAUGUCGAUCGGGAUACACGAGCCACAGUGUCUGACCAAAUGGUCCAUUCAAAAUUCCCGUCUACCCGCGAAUCAGCGUCUUAAGGCACCGGAACGGCCAACGAUUAUUGCCAACCGAGGUGGGUCAGAGGAACUCCGAAAUUACAAUAGGGCGGCACUGUCAACCAGUGCAAGAAAUACUGGGGUAAAAAAUUCCCAGGACAUUCCAGCACUGUUUUGCGUGAAAAGAUGCACGCUAAAAUGACCAUGUCUUCAGUUAAGUCAUUGAUUUUGCAUUGCUUAUAAAGGAGAGAUAGAUCCUGCAAAAAUUAUGUUGGUUUGCAGCACUAGAGAGUUCUUAUUUUCUUUCCAGUUCUCAUAGUCAAGGAGCUAUGGGCAUGA